UGAAGUUGAUUCUCUUGUGUUUCCCCGAUAUGGUAAUCGCUGUUGGCUCCCCGCUCCCCGACACUGUACUCUUCGAGACCAGCCCGGACGAUAAGAAGACUUUGAAUGACGUUUUCGGGAAAAAGACCGGUAUCCUUUUUGGAGUCCCAGGAGCCUUCACACCUACUUGUGACCAGACCCACUUGCCCAGCUAUCUCAAAGACUACGAUCAGCUGAAGGGUAAGGGCGUCGAGGUUAUUGCCUGCAUGGCCGUCAAUGACAGUUUCGUGAUGCAAGCUUGGGGUAAGGCCACAGGGGCCGGGGGCAAGAUACACAUGCUCGCCGACAUUAAAGCUGAUACCGCUAAGGCUCUGGGAGUUGAUUUCGAUGUGACUCCGGUCCUCGGAAACGUCAGAUGCAAGCGAUUCGCUGCUAUCAUCAGGGACGGGAGCAUCGCAGCUAUCGAGGUCGAGCCCGAUAACGUAGGCGCCUCCUGCACUCUGGCCAAGGAUAUAUUGAAAUAUCUCUGAACAUUUUUAUGUCCGAGAAUUUUUCAAGAGUGACCGAGGUCAUUUAGACUUAUCUGAGUCCUUUUCACA